UAUUGAAUAUACUUUCAUACGAUAGUCAUAGUUGGUCUCUGUCGAACAACAGUGCUAAACACGUUGUCGUCUGACGUGUAACUGUAACUCGCCUCCCGGAAAGUUGAUUUCAGACGUAACUUCAAGCUUUCCUUCUCUUUCAAUCAAUCAACAGUACACCACCACCUAAUACAGACUCACCCGCCAUAGAUUCACCACCGACAAAACUCGUCAAUUCUCUACCAGCUCCUAACCAACUGCUACAGCACGUAUCUAUCUAUCUAUCCAUCUCAAUUUCUCUGCACACAUAGUUUGCUUUUACAGUUUUAGGGUUUCAAGUUCACUGAUUAAUACUAAUGGCAUUGUUACGGAAAUUGUUUUACAAGAAACCACCUGAUGGACUUCUUGAAAUCUCUGAAAGAAUCUACGUCUUCGAUUGCUGUUUCACAACUGAUGCUUGGGAAGAAGAAGAUUAUAAAAGUUAUGUCGGAAACACAAUUUCUCAGCUCAAGGACCAUUAUCCCGAUGCUUCCGUCCUGAUUUUUAACUUUGGUGACGUAAAAUCAAGUCAGAUCGCUUCUGCUUUGUCGGAAUAUGACAUGACGAUUAUGGACUAUCCUCGACAAUACGAAGGUUGCCCAUUGCUUCCAAUGGAGGUUAUCCACCAUUUUCUAAGAUCAAGUGAAAGCUGGCUUUCACUUGGCCAGCAAAACAUUCUUCUGAUGCACUGUGAGCAGGGUGGUUGGCCGGUUUUGGCUUGCAUGUUGGCUGCACUUUUGAUUUACAGAAAGCAAUACGCUGGGGAAUCCAAAACCCUAGACAUGGUUUAUAAGCAAGCUCCGCGUGAACUGUUACAAUUCUUCUCUCCUCUAAAUCCUUUACCUUCUCAAUUAAGGUACUUACAGUAUGUAUCAAGGAGGAAUGUCGCUACAGAAUGGCCUCCAUUGGAUAGGGCACUCACUUUGGAUUGUGUGAUAAUCCGAAUGAUUCCUGACAUUGAUGGAAACGGUGGUUGCUGUCCUAUUUUUAGGGUUUAUGGACAAGAUCCUUUCUUUCCUGGUGAUAAAACCCCUAAACUUCUGUACUCAACUCCAAAAGGGAACAAGAAUGUCCGACACUACAAACAAGCAGAAUCUGAACUGGUUAAAAUUGACAUCAAUUCCCAUGUUCAAGGAGACAUCGUGAUGGAGUGUAUCAGUUUACAUGAUGAUCUGAUUCGUGAAAAGAUGAUGUUUCGCGCAGUGUUCAACACAGCAUUUAUUAGGUCAAAUAUUUUAAUGCUUAAUCGUGAUGAAAUCGACAUGCUUUGGGAUGCUAAGGAUCUAUUUCCCAACGACUUCAGAGCCGAGCUUCUUUUCUCAGACAUGGACACUACUGCAGUUUCUACAGUUCCAAUAGAUUCGACUUAUUUUGAAGAAGAGGGCCUUCCUAUAGAAGCUUUUGCUAAAGUUCAAGAGAUGUUUAACAGUGUGGAUUGGUUAGAUCCUAAAAGUGAUGCUGCAAGAAAUGUUCUCCACCAGAUAGUUGCAUCAGACAUUGUUCAAGAAAAGUUGUCUGUUGAAGCUCAUCUUCCUUCAAAUCAAGAAUCAGAGGAAGUUGCAGAGAGUAAGGUUAAACUUAAACCUACUAAAACUCCAUUAAUCCCCCCCUCCAUUCUACUACCUAGCCCCUCAUUAAAGGACACUAAGGAGGACACUAAGUCUCCCUCCUCCCCAUCCAUCCUCCAUCGUAGCCAAUUAAAAAGGGACAAAACAGAUAGUAAGAUUGAACCUUUUCAAUCUUUAUCCUCCCCACAAUACCCUGCAACUCCUCCAUCGAAGGACAAAAGGGAUACUAUACUUCAACCUUCUCCACCACCACCGCCUCCUCCCCCUCCGUUAAAGGACAAGCCAGUUAUUAGAGCAGGUCCCUCUCCACCACCACCACCGCCACCACCACCUGUAAAGGAAGGUAAAGAUGAAAGAGUUGCAUCCCCCGUUCCCCCACCACCACCACCUCCCCCAGCGUCACGAAUUUCUUCAGGUCCACCACCACCUCCUCCUCCAGCAUCACGGAUUUCUUCAGGUCCUCCACCACCUCCUCCUCCUCCAGCAUCAGGGAAUUCUUCAGGCCCACCACCACCACCACCUCCUCCUCCAGCAUCAGGGAAUUCUUCAGGCCCACCACCACCACCACCACCUCCUCCAGCAUCACGGAAUUCUUCAGGCCCACCACCACCACCACCUCCUCCUCCAGCAUCACGGAAUUCUUCAGGCACACCACCACCACCACCACCUCCUCCUCCUCCGGCAUCAAGGCUUUCUUCAGGUCCACCACCACCACCACCACCACCUCCUCCAGCAUCACAGAUUUCUUCAGGCCCACCACCACCACCUCCUCCAGCAUCACGGAUUUCUUCAACUCCACCACCACCACCUCCUCCAACCUUCUCUAGUGGAAAUGUGAAGAAGGGUGUUGUCCCACCUCCACCCCCACGAAAAGCAGGCACUAAUCCUGGAGCUCCAUCUCCUCCACCACCUUUAAUUAAAGGGCGUAGUUUGUCAAAAACAACUUCUUUGAAAACUCAACAUUCCAAGAAACUGAAGCCUUUGCAUUGGUUGAAGAUAACAAGAGCAGUACAAGGAAGUUUGUGGGCUGAGACACAAAAAUCUGGUGAUCUUGCAAAGGCACCCGAAAUUGAUAUAUCAGAACUUGAGUCUCUGUUCUCAGCAUCAAACCCUAACCCUGACCAAGGGGCAGAAAAGUCAAAAUCUCGGGCAGUGGUAGCUAAUAAACCUGAAAGAAUACAACUGAUUGAGCACAGGAGGGCAUAUAACUGUGAAAUCAUGCUUUCAAAGGUCAAAAUACCAUUAAAUGAAUUGAUGCAUCAUGUCCUUGCGUUAGAAGACUCAGCAAUGGAUUCAGAUCAAGUGGACAACCUCAUAAAGUUUUGUCCAACAAAAGAGGAAAUGGAGUUGCUUAAGGGUUACAAAGGAGAGACGGAUAAAUUGGGCAAAUGUGAACAGUUCUUCUUGGAGCUAAUGAAGGUUCCACGUACAGAAUCUAAACUCAGAGUUUUCUCUUUUAAGUUACAGUUCAACACACAGGUUUCUGAUCUCAGGAAGAACCUCAACAUAAUAAAUUCUGCAGUAGAACAGACCAGGGGUUCUGCUAAAUUGAAGAGAGUCAUGCAAACAAUUCUUUCUUUAGGAAAUGCAUUGAAUCAAGGGACUGCAAGAGGUGAGUUAAGUUUGACUUUGACUUUUUAUACUCACAGAAAUAUAAAAAUUGAUUUUGUUUUAGGGUCUGCGAUUGGGUUCAGGUUGGAUAGCCUGUUGAAACUUACAGACACACGUGCAAGGAACAAUAGAAUGACACUUAUGCAUUAUCUUUGUAAGGUGCUUGCUGACAAACUACCUGAAGUUCUUGAUUUUUCCAAGGAUCUUCAAAGUUUGGAACCUGCAGCAAAGAUGCAAUUGAAAUACUUGGCAGAGGAAAUGCAAGCUAUUACCAAAGGAUUAGAGAAAGUUGUCCAGGAAUUGUCAAUGUCUGAAAAUGAUGGACCCGUGUCUGAAAAUUUCCGCAAGGCUUUGAAGGAUUUCCUUUGUUCAGCAGAAGGGGAAGCAAGAUCAUUGGCUUCUCUAUAUUCUACCGUUGGUAAGAAUGUGGAUGCUUUAAUUAUUUACUUUGGCGAGGAUCCAGUCCGUUGCCCAUAUGAGCAAGUUGUUUCAACUUUGGUCAAGUUUGUGAGAAUGUUUAAUCAAGCACACGAAGAAAACACCAGGCAAUUAGAGGCGGAUAAAAAGAAGGCAGAAAAGGAAGCCUCAAAUGAGAUAUUAAAACAACGUAUAAGUAUAAUAACACAAUCUCCUGUAAAAAGUAGCAAAUAACUUCCUUUUUUUUUUUUUUUUUUUUUUUUUUUAAUUUUUAAUGAUGAUCAGGAUGUAUAUAAUUUAAAAUGUGUAGUUGUAUAGUGUCAAAGUUUUCGCAGCAGCAUACUACAGAGCUCUCCUGUUUCCACUGAAGGUCAAUUUUACUAACUGUUGACUUUUGAGGUCAACCAUAUGACUAUUUAAAAUGUACAUUUUGAUAUGGAUUCAGUUAGCAUAUAAGGAGGGCAUGUUGGUAAUUACUAAUUACGCAGUGUUUAGUUUGUUAGCUAGCUGUAUGACUACUCACAGUUGGAUGAAAAGUUAUGAAUUAAUUGCAACAACUUUUUGAGUUCUUUAGUAAAUAACAUCGUGCUAUUUCACC